CCUAGUUGCCGUUUGCACCCUCAUGGCAUGCAGCGUCUUCGCUGAAGACGCCGAUAAGAAAGAAAAGAAAGACAUCGAAGGACGAGGAGGCAUUCUAGGUGGUGGUCUCGGAGUCGGCGGCUACGGUGGGGGCGUAGGACCUGUUCUUGUUGGCGGUGGUCUCGGAGGCGGCGGUCUUGGUGUUGGCACAGGCUAUGGUGGAGUAGGUCUCACAGGUCCUGCGUUGGCCAAAACUGGGCUCAUUGGAAGCGCUGGCCUCGGAUAUGGUGGUCUCGGAUAUGGUGGUCUUGGAUAUGGUCGCCUCGGAUAUGGUGGUCUCGGCUAUGGAAGCGGUUAUGGUGGCCUUGGUUACGGUGGUCUGGUUACGGUGGUCUGGGUUACGGUGGUCUCGGCUAUGGAAGUGGUCUUGGCUACGGUGGCGGCUACCAGUCCGGCUACGGAUCUUCCAUUGGGGGCCAGCAGGGAGGAUACAAGGGCGGCGCUAGUGGACUCAACCAGGGUUUCGCCGGCUUCGAUGGUGGCGCUUCCUUCAGCAAAGUAAACUCGUACAACAACAAGCAGGGUUACAGUCACAGCUCGGGUUUUUCGGCGAGCGACAGCAAGAGUUUCGGCUCCGGACUCAAAAAGAGCUCCACCGCAUUCGGAAGCGGUGCAGGUGGACUCCAGGGGGAAUACGGCCAGUACAUCGUACGGACAAAGCGUAGGAACUGGCUACGGCAGUGGAUACCAUCGCUAAAGGUUGAGUCCUACGUCCUGCUUUGAAGCCCUACUUCGACGAUGCUUGUGUUCAAAUAUGGUUUCUCAUCAUUUUUCUCAACUGCCAAUAAAGCUUGUUGCCCCAAAA